AUGGCUAAUUCGCGUCAUGUGUCGUUAGCAUUCCGCUUCCAACCCACAGAUCAAGAAAUCAUCCGUUCCAUUCUUCACAAGAUGGUGGUUGAGAGAGAGCCUUUGAACCCGUCAUACAAAGGCAUUGUUCAUGACGAGGACCUCUUCGGCACCAAAGAACCAUGGAAGAUAUGGGAAGAUUAUGGAGGAGAUCAACUCUAUGAUCAAGACUUAUACUUCCUAUGCCAGCUCAAGAGGUUAAACUUCAGUGGUUCGCGUACCCAUCGCAAGGUUGGCUGCGAAGGGUCCUGGAGAGGAGGAGUAGCCUCCAAAUUGGUUUACGAUGGAAACGCUAAUCCUAUUGGUAGAAUAAGACAGCUUCGAUAUAAGAAUCCGAAGUCGGAGCACCACGGUGGGUGGUAUUUGGAUGAAUAUAGCCUUUUUGUAGGUGAUGAUGGUCAUGAUCAAACUACUCCUGGUAUUAAUUUUGUGAUUUGUCGAUUGAGGAAGAAUCAUAGGUCCGGCAGAAUAAGAGCAGGUGUUGAUAAAAAGACCAACAAAGCACCACAACAAAUACAUGAAAGUAAAAGAAAAUCAAUGAAUGUAAUUAUCAAUAUUGAUGAUGAGGAAGUACCACAUGGAUGCUCAAAAAACGCAAGAACCCGAGAGAGCUUUAGAAAGAGAGGCUCCUUCUUCUCUCCAGAAUUUCUCUCUUUCCCCACCGCCCUCUUUUGA